CAGAAUGUUGUGCAAUUUUACAGCUAGAAAUAGUUUGUCAUAAGCAGCAAACGCACUGGACAUCUCACCAGCUCUAGAUCAAUAACAGAAUCAAGAGGUAUCAUUACUUCUACUCCAAUGACAGCGGCAGAAUAUCCUGACUUUAAAAACCACACAAGUCUGAAUAUGAGUUCUUCAUCAUGCACAGAUCUGUGUAUGUUCUACUCAGUGGCGAAUGUGAUCAUCUUCAUCCUGGGUGUUGCUGGAAAUGGUUUAGUGAUCUGGAUUGCAGGCUUUAAGAUGAAGAAGUCCGUCAUCGCCACCUGGUACCUGAGUCUGGCCGUGUCCGACUUCAUAAUGUGCUCUACCUUGCCCUUUGGUGUCGCCCAAAAGGUUACAAAUGAGUGGAUCUUUGGACGCUUCAUGUGUAAAUUCCGGUAUUUCAUCAAGCUUCUCAACAUGUACAGCAGCAUCUUCCUCCUCGUCAUCAUCAGUGUGGACCGCUGUGUGCUUGUUAUGUUUCCUGUGUGGGCUCGGAACAAGCGCACCAUAAGAAAGGCUGUCGUGAUAGUCAUGCUAGCUUGGAUCGUCUCAGCAGCACUUAGCUCACCCGCAGCCAUUUUCCGAGACAUAAAACAGAACAAACAGAAGACAAAAUGUGAAAGAACUGACAUAAAUGAGCCAAGCCAUUUUGCCAUAGUGUCUUGCAGAUUCAUUUUUGGAUUCGUGAUCCCGUUCCUGAUCAUUGUCAUCUGUUAUGUCGUCAUCAUGCGAAAGCUGAAGUUCAACCAGAUGGCGACAUCCAAAAAGCCAUUCAAGAUCAUGACGCUGCUGAUAGCUGCUUUCCUCAUCUGCUGGUUGCCUUUUCAUUUUUAUUCUUUUUUGAAAAUACAUUAUAAUGACAAAGAUUUUGUCAAAUCCCUAAAAGUAUUUGGCCUCACUUUUGCCAAUGCCAACAGCUGUUUGAACCCCCUUCUUUAUGCGUUCAUGGGGAGGGACUUUAAGAGGCAUUGUUAUGCGGUUCUGUCCAACAUUGAGAAUGCAAUUGAGGAGGAGGAGGGGAAGGGCCAGGACAGAGUCCAAGGGACAGCUGGCGACACUACUGAGGAAAGUUUAAGUUUAAGUGUUUGACAUGUUUAAACAGUUGAAAGGAAAACAACAUCUUUCUUCUUUAUUUAACAUAAAAAACACUAAAAAAACUUUCACACCUGCAAAAGUGUCUCAAAAACCAAAGUGUGCUUUAACUGUAGGUACAAAAUGAUUCCAUUUCAUGAGGAGGACUAUGCGUGAAGCUAAACUGUAAAGGCUUGUAAUGGCUUACUGUUGGUGACAGAUACAUUAGAUCAGUGAGGCUUGAUUUCUAAAGAACAAAAUGGACAACACUUUAUAUCAAGGGUUGCAAAUUAAUUGAGAAUUAUUUACUAUAAGUAAUAUCAUACUCUUUAUCUAUAUAUUAGUUAACUAUCAUUAGCAUUAACCCCUUAAAUGCUCAGAGCCCGUUGGCAGCUCUGCACAUCUUCUCCAAUGACAGUUUGUUUAGGGAUCCAAGGGUGGGUUUUCAUGAUUUUGCUUUAAAAGGAUCAUUUUGGCACCUUAGAUUUUAGGAUAAUAUGAAAAUGGUAUAACAGAUACUGUCAGUAUGUCCAUAUAUCAGCGAUGACUAUACAUGUUUCUGAAGAAGAAAGUUGCCAGUAUGUCCAAGUAAUGAAGAUACCAUCACGCAUGUUAUGUCUCAAAUGCUAUAUUUGGCUGUCUGAUAUCUCUUAUGCACUUUCAGAUUUGGGUCACCAAAGUUCCUACUGUAAUUCAUAGUGAAGUGCAUAUAGGCUGAAAUUAAUCAUGACUAGUAUUGUUAAUAUAUUAGUAUCAAAGAUAAUUGCUUUACUUGGGGGGGCACAUAAAGUAGUAAUUAGGGUUAUAUAGUAUGAAGUAAGGAGCCAUUAAUGG